AGCAGCAGGUAAUGACCGGGGCCUUUUGGUGUUUCAGAUGCCGGUGACCUUCGAGGAGGUGGCUGUGUAUUUCACCCAGGGGCAGGGGGCUCUGCUGGACCCCGCUCAGAGAGCCCUCUACAGGGACGUCAUGCAGGAGAACUAUGAGACGGUGACCUCGCUGGGAUUCCCCCAUCCCAAACCUGAGCUGAUUGUCCGGCUGGAACGAGGGGAAGAGCCUUGGUUGCCCGAUCUCCGGACCUGCAAGGAAAGAAGGCUUCCGAGAUGCACCCAUACAGUGACCAGACUGAGCUGUCCAAGAUGCACAUUCCUGGGGCGCAAGGCUGGGAGGAGAAAACUGGCUGAUGUUGCUGUGUCGUUUGGUAAGUUCCUGAGUGUCUGGCUAGUUGCACUCAGUACAGUGCAGCCAGGAGUGACUUUGAAGGCUGGUGGCUGUGUGUGAGCAGAGCGUGGAGGGGUUUGUUGUUCACACAGGGAAGCAUCAGGGUGGAUUUGAUUUAAAACACUAGUCAGGAAGACUCCAUUUAAUCAUGGUUUUCUACAUAAAAAUAUAUUCUUUUUGGGUGUUAUAACCUUAGUACAUAUUGUU